AUGGCUGCCGCUGCACCUGGAUCUACCAGCAAAGCGCCCGUCGCGAGCGAUGACGACUCGACCAUCAAAGUUGCGCCCAAGAAGGAGAACAAGGACAAGUUAAUAGGCACUAUUAAAUUAAAGAAGCCGCCGCCGAAGCACAACAAACCUGGGAACUGGCGCGAUGGUAGCGUGAUUGACGACGAUAAGAAGAAGGGCACCGACACCUCCUCAGCAAACUCAGUACCAGCCUCCCCAGGCCCGGUUGUCAACCAGCUAGAUGAUACCGCACGAGAAACAUUUGCCACUGGCCGGCCACUCGAAGAUAGCCUUGAUUUGCAACAGUGCAAGCACUGUAAGAAGAGCGUUCUCAAGACUACUAUCAAGGCACAUCUAGUAGCAUGUUUGAAGGCGAAGAAGGAGAAGGCACAAAGAAAGAAGGAACAGAAAGAGGCUCGCGAAAGGGAGAGGAGGGGUCUGGGGGAGGAAAAGAAAGACGAUGAUGGUGAUACGAGGAUGGACGACGACGAUGACGCCGACGAUGAUGUUUCUCCUGAAAAGAAAGGCCCUGAAGGCCUGAAGACUGCAAAGAAGAGUGCUGGGAAGAAGGUUGAUGUGGACGAUACAAAGAAAGGGAAAAAGCGUAAAGCCGACGGUGAUGCUGAAAAGGGCCCCAAACCAAAGAAGAAAAAGGAGGAGCCAAAGUUAAAGGCGCCCAAGCCGAAAGGCCCAGUAGAUGUUGAAAGGCAAUGUGGAGUCAUGAAAGAUGGAGUUCCCUGCGCUCGCUCACUCACUUGCAAAAGCCAUUCCAUGGGUGCCAAACGUGCAGUUCCAGGCCGAUCGUUACCAUACGACAUGCUUCUUACAGCAUACCAGAAGAAGAACCAAGCCAAGCAGCAAAAAGCAGCAAUCGAUGCCAAUGCUCCGCUCGAGGAUGAAGAAGCUGCUAACGGCCCCGUCGAUUCCGAUGAAGAACUCACAGCUGUCAUGCACGGCCUCUCCAAUUGGAAUCCGCAGCCUGUCGUCCCACCGCCUGUCCACAUUCCCAUCGAGAAACAAUACAUGCGCCAGAGACUAUACGAGCAACUACAUAAUGCAACAAACGGGUUCACUGUCAAUAUCUUCAAAGUGGCCGGAGACGGCGUCAAGAAACGUCCGAAAACCGAUACUAUCCAUUUGGAUGCAGAUGGUGAUGCGGAGGGGGAAUUAGAUACUGGCUUGGGAAUAGGGAUGGCGGGAGUUGCGGCGCGGAGGGCAAGUGGAUUCAAUAUGCAAAUGCCGCCGCAUAGAAAGACGUCGACUGCUGCUCAGCGGUAG